GUUUCGUUUUAAAAAAGAUCUCCACCGAAAAUAUUUCUACUCAAAAUACCAAUUUCUACUUAAAAUACCUAUUUAUAUUUAAAAUUACGAUUUUAAUUAAACAGAGAAUUUUUUAAAAGUAUAUUUUUUUAAACAAGUAUAUUAAUUAGUUUCUGAUUGGAAAAGCACAUGCGUUUUCGCUGAAAAACUCCGUAGCGAUGUUAUAACUUAAAUUUAAUUAACUGUUUUCUUUUUUCUUAACCUUAACUGUAUCUCUUUUACUGCAGCAUUGAGGUUCCAUUGUCGUUGUAUAUCCUUCGCGUUUGAAGAUAAGACUUAUAAUUAAACACUAUGGUGAAUGUACCUAAAACCAGACGUACCUUUUGCAAAGGUAAAUGUAAGAAACAUACUUUACAUAAGGUCACACAAUACAAAAAAGGAAAGGACUCAAUCUGGGCACAAGGUAAAAGAAGGUAUGACAGAAAACAGCAAGGAUAUGGUGGACAAACCAAGCCUAUUUUCAGAAAGAAGGCUAAAACUACAAAGAAGAUUGUUUUGAGAAUGGAAUGUUCUGAAUGCAAAUACAGGAAACAGUUACCUAUCAAGAGGUGCAAACAUUUUGAGAUUGGUGGUGAUAAGAAGAGAAAGGGACAAAUGAUCCAGUUUUAAAGGGAAUAACAUCUUUGUACAGUUCUUUGAAAUAAAAUUGUGUCCUGUC